UGGACAGUGGAACAGAGGAACAAUUCCCUAUUCUUUAUCCAUGAGCAGCAACAAGUAGCGAUACGACUAUUAUUACUACUAGAUUCCACCAUUUUUUUUCUACAAUGGAACUUCACGAUUCACCAUUUCCUCUACUUUCUCUCUCCUCCACUCACCUCCUUCUAGAGAGAGAGACACUCUCAUCGGAAGACUCCUCCUCCCUAAACACCACCACCACCACAACACACCUUCCUUAAUCAAAAUGCCCUCUCAACCUAAACAGGAACCAACCCCCCGCCCCCCUGCUCACCCGCCCUAUGCCGCCGCCGAUGUUCUCAUGGAUUUGGAUCUCGACCUCGACGGCUCCUGGCCCUUGGAUCAGAUCUUCGCUGCGGCGGCGGCCGCCAGUCCUGUGCAGCCGUUUCUCCUCUCCAAUUCCGAGCAGCCUUGCUCGCCGCUUUGGGCGUUUUCCGAUGAUAAUACCAACGGGAAUUUCGUCGCCGGCGCUGCUUUCCGGCUUUCCGACUCCUCCAGGAUCCUCACCUAUGCCAACAAUCCCGAUAUGGAAACCGAAAGUGCAUUCGUGAAUAACGAAAAAAAGAAGCUGCCCUCUCCUUUUAUGGGACUGAUGCCUAUCGACAGUCUAGACGGUUCUUGUAUGAUCAAGGAAAGGAUGACACAAGCCCUUCGUCAUUUCAAAGAUUUGACCGAGCACAAUAUCUUGGCUCAAGUUUGGGCGCCUGUAAAAAACGGGGGGCGUUAUAUGCUCACAACUUCGGGCCAGCCCUUUGUUCUCGACCCAAACAGUAGUGGGCUCCACCAGUACAGGUUGAUCUCUCUCAUGUAUAUGUUCUCUGUGGAUGGAGAUGCCGACGCAGAUCUUGGUCUUCCAGGGCGUGUGUUUAGGCAGAAGUUGCCAGAGUGGACGCCUAAUGUGCAGUACUAUUCGAGCAAAGAGUUUCCGAGGCUGAAUCAUGCUUUGAAUUACAAUGUUCAAGGGACUUUGGCUCUGCCUGUGUUUGAGCCUUCUGGGCAGUCUUGUGUUGGUGUUGUGGAGCUGAUAAUGACCUCGCAGAAGAUCAAUUAUGCUCCGGAGGUUGAUAAAGUCUGCAAGGCGCUUGAGGCAGUAAAUUUGAAGAGUUCCGAGAUACUGGAUCAUCAAAGCCCACAGAUCUGCAACCAAGGUCGCCAAAACGCACUAGCAGAAAUCCUGGAGGUAAUUUCAGUGGUGUGCGAAACUCACAAACUGCCGCUGGCCCAGACGUGGGUCCCGUGCAGGCACCGCAGCGUACUGGCAAACGGUGGCGGUUUCAAGAAAACCUGCAGCAGCUUCGACGGGAGCUGCAUGGGCCGCGUCUGCAUGUCGACAACGGACGUGGCAUUCUACGUGGUGGACGCCCACAUGUGGGGGUUUCGAGAGGCGUGCGCGGAGCACCACCUGCAGAAGGGGCAGGGUGUGGCCGGGAGGGCAUUUGCGUCACACAAUUCUUGCUUCUGUCCGGACAUUACGGAGUUCUGCAAGACAGAGUACCCGUUGGUGCAUUACGCACGAAUGUUCGGGCUGAGGAGUAGUUUUGCUAUUUGCUUGCGGAGCAAUCAUACGGGAAAUGACGAAUACGUCCUCGAGUUUUUCCUGCCUCUGAAUUUGGAGAGUGAUGAGGACCAGCGGAACUUGUUGGACUCGCUCUUGGUGACGAUGAAGCAGCAUUUUGGGAGCUUGAGUGUUGCUUCGGGGAAAGAUUUGGACCACGAGUGGAGAUCUAUUGAGGUUAUUAAGGCGUCCACUGCUGAUGAGAAACUUAAUUUGGUACCUGAUACCUCUCCACCUAGGCUUUCUUCUUCUCUGCCGAAUGGGGAAACUUUGCACCUCGAUGCUUUUGAGAAGGUGGUGAUGUCUGAAUUCAAUGCUACAAAUGUGAAAAGAAAUGGUAGUGUCGGUGGUGGUCCCACUGAAGUUCAGAAUGCAACUGUUGUUGAGGCGAAAGAAGUAGGCAAGAAAACUGAGAGAAAGAGGGGGAAGGCUGAGAAAACUAUUAGUUUAGAGGUUCUGCAGCAAUAUUUCGCUGGUAGUCUUAAGGAUGCUGCCAAGAGUCUUGGUGUUUGCCCUACUACAAUGAAGCGUAUCUGUAGGCAACACGGGAUUUCUCGCUGGCCCUCACGCAAGAUAAACAAGGUUAAUCGUUCUCUUACAAAGCUAAAGCGUGUGAUUGAAUCCGUACAAGGUGGUGAAGGAACAUUCAGUUUGACUUCUCUGGGUACAAAUUCCAUCCCCGUCGCAGUCGGUUCAAUUUCUUGGGCUGCCAAUAAUUUGAACGGACCACUGGAAUUUCACGAAGACAAGAAAGAUGUUGCUAUUAUUAGUAACUCCCCACCAGUAGCCGACGAACAGGUGGACCCCACAAAUCAUAAUAUUCGUGAAGGCUCGAAAAGUAGGAGCGGAUCGAGAGAAGAAGAAAGCACAGGCACCCCAACCUCACAAGGCUCUUGCCAAGGCAGCCCGUCUGUCAGAAACGAAAGAGGCGGGCCCCACGAGCCGCCCCCUGUGUGUCACCAAACGGGUGAGAUUAACUUAUCCUCAGCAUUCUUGAUCCCUAACAACAACAACAACAACUAUAUAACAACAGCAGCACCACCACCACCGCCCGACGAGCCUUUCGGAGGAAUGCUAUUAGAGGAUGCUGGCAGUUCUCACGACCUGAGGAAUUUGUGUCCAGCUGGCGAGCCGCUAUUCGAUGAGUACAGCUGGACCAGACAGCCUUGUACGGACACAUUACCGGUCAAAGAUUUUCCCGUUGACCAACAUCGUAUGCCUCGAUUUUCCGCCAGGCCUGAAGCGAAGACCAUCACUAUAAAGGCAACAUACAGGGAAGACAUUAUCAGGUUUCGGCUUCCGAUUGAUUCUGGUAUUGUGAAGUUGAAUGAUGAGGUGGCGAAGAGGCUGAAGUUGGAGAUGGGAACUUUCGAUAUUAAAUACCUCGACGAUGAUCACGAGUGGGUUUUAAUCGCCUGCGACGCGGACUUGCAAGAGUGCAUGGAUGUAUCUAGAUCGUCCGGUGCUAGCAAUAUAAUCAGGCUGUUGGUGCACGAUAUUAUGGCCAAUCUUGGGAGCUCUUGCGAAAGCUCCGGCGAUUAAGAGAAACAAUUUAGAUAUACAUGAUUGAUUACACACAGGUAAGUUGUUAGAUAAUUCUUGCUAUGCUAGGUUGGGUUUUAAGUGUAAUUGUAAAUUUUGUUUAUUUAUUUUUCUUUCCCUAAGGAAGUCUUUUGUAGUGCAACUUUUAUUUUGGUGAGAACUGUGGAUAUUUAUGUUAUGUCUAUUUAGUGUUUCGAAGAUUUAAAUAACAUGUUUAGAAGUGUUAAGACCAUCUGCUGGAAGGUCUUUUGUACUAUGUAGGUAAAGAGUAUGCAAUUAUCGUUGUAAGAAUGAACUACUUGCCACAUUUUUUUUUUU